AUGGAGGAAGGCAUGGAACCUCCAAAGUUCAAAGUCAUCAUUGUUGGAGGAUCUAUCGCUGGGUUGACAUUAGCCCAUUCUUUGUCCCAAGCCAAUAUCGACCACCUCAUCCUCGAAAAAAGAUCUGAAAUUGCUCCCCAAGAGGGUGCCUUUAUUGGGGUCUGGCCCAAUGGAGCCCAGAUACUCGAUCAACUUGGUCUCUACCAUAGCCUGGAAGAUCUCACUGCACCACUAAGUCAAAUGCAUCUUUCCUUCCCCGAUGGCUUUUCAUUUAGCAGUUUUCUGCCAAAGACAGUUCACCAAAGGUUCAAGUAUCCCAUCGUCUCACUGGAUCGGCAAAAGGUUCUUGAGAUAUUAUUUCAGAGCUACCCAGACAAGUCAAAGAUCAUUACCAACAAGAGAGUAUCUGAAGUGCGGUUGUUGGGCGACAGUGCCAGCGUGGUGACAGAUGAUGGAAGUGUUUUCCAAGGAGAUUUGAUUGUCGGCGCGGACGGUGUCCACAGUCGCAUACGCUCUGAAUUGUGGCGAUUGGCCGAUAAAUCACACCCUGGAAUGAUCACGCCACAAGAAAGGCAAACUCUUACGAUUGAGUACGCAUGUGUGUUCGGAAUAUCGCACCCAAUACCCGGACUUCGAAGCGGAGAGCAUAUAAACCGUUAUGGCGAUAAAUUCUGCGUGAUAACCUUCCAUGGAAAGGAUGGUCGUGUAUUUUGGUUCAUUAUUCAAAAAUUGGACCACGUCUACAAUUACCCCAAUGCUCCUCGGUAUUCUCCCAGUGAUGCCGCAGACCUCUGUGGGAAGCUUCAGAGCGUCAAAAUCUGGCGGGAUAUCACCGUGGGUGACCUUUGGGAGACCAAGGUAGUAGCGUCGAUGACCGCACUCGAGGAAGGACUGUUUGAAACCUGGCACUUGAAUCGUAUAGUCCUCCUUGGGGAUAGCGUACACAAGAUGACACCAAAUAUUGGCCAAGGCGCAAACACGGCUAUUGAAGAUGUUGCAGUCCUUGCAUCUCUGAUAAAGCGGGUAGUUUCUGCAGAUGCCUUGCACAAGCCAUCGGAGACUUGCAUCGAGACAAUGCUCCGAGAGUACAAGAAUCUGCGAUAUGAACGUGUGAAAAGUACAUACCAACGCUCAAGAUUUGGAGCUCGAUUCCAUACCCGGGACAACUGGCUUAAGGCCAUAGUGGGUCGAUAUGUGUUCCAAUACGUCAACGGCCUCGUAGAGAAGCAGACAGCCAAGACUCUGGCUGGGGGUGACAGUAUUGAUUAUCUUCCGCGGCCGGAGCGGCUUCAGACCGGGUGCGAGAUACAGCUUCACAAAGGCCAAAAAGAUCCUCAGAGGCAGUGGAAACUACUGUGGGUGUCUUCUCUGGCUCUGUGCUUGCUUUUCCCUUGGCUUGGGUCUUAUCUACAUUCAACCUUCUGGUGA